CCAGACAAGGGCAACACCAAGAGCACGUGUCGCACUUAGCAACCCAGCAGAACCAAUUUUGUUGCUAUUUUACUUAUCAGCCGCUGUCUUGCGAAGAACAACAUCUGGCAUAGCCUCGGAAAACGGCGUCAAGCGGGUGAAACGCUUACUAUUUAUGCAGCACCAUCGGGACCGCAUGCACUAAGCAUAUAGUGUAACCUGCAGAGAGUAACAAAGGAGCCGACAACAGCGAUCAUAAUCGUCGUAUACAUUGGGCCCAACGUCUGCUUCGAAGGAUAUCGCCUAUCUACAAACAAAAACACAUUGCAUAUUAGAGCCCCACAAAAUGCUGCCAAUUAUCGCCUAAGCCAGCCGCAGUUCGAAUCAAAAUCCAAUUAAGCCCAAAACCUAGAAAUAAACUGUGAUCAUAGCCUAAACACGCAACAAAUACAACUACAGUAACAACAACAACAACAACGACCAGCAACCAGCAUAUAAAAACAACGCCAUACAAAGACAUGAAGGAAAGCUGCCAGCAACUCACACAGAGCCACAGCCAGGAGCAGUCGAAGCCAAAGCUGACUCUUAGCCAGAAACAGAGCCAAAGACAAAGCCAGAGCCAGUUACAGACCGUAUCUGGUGCCCAAUUGCUGAAUUUAUAGAUCUCCAGAUAUUGAAAAUUGAAAUCAAUUGCGCACAAGCAGCAGCAAAUAGGCAAAAGGAAGCCAAUUAAGUCAAAGGACUCAGACAGAAGAACGGCGGAACGACGGUGGUGGCUGUAAUGACAACAAUUGACGCGAUGUAGCGCAGACUUAUGGUCGGCGAACGCGACAGGGACCGUGAGGCGGUACGCUGGGCAACGGGUGAAACAACACCGCUUCAAAACAAUAAUGGAGUGUUACAAAUGGUCGGGCAAUUGCAUGGUGGACAGGCUGCUGGCCAACAACAGCAACAGCAACAACAACAGCAACAGCAACAGCAACAACUGCAACAACAACAGUCAAAGCAACAGCAACAGAAACUUCAACAGAAACAGCUACCACAACAUCCGGAACUGUUUUAUCAGCAACACGAGACAGCUGCGCGUGGACUGCAACUUGCGGGCGCAGCCGACGGCGGCGAUAAUCAGCCCUAUUACGAUACAAGCGGUAAUGUCGAUUGGGAGAGAGCGAUGGGAACCGGUGGAGCUAGUUCAUAUGGUUGCCUCGGUGGAACUGUCACAGCAGCUGGCGGCGCUGCUUAUAACGGUGGCGCAGCUGCUGCCGGCGGCGCUGUUAUCCUCAACAAUCGCCACAUGGAUUAUGCUGAUGGCGUCGGCAUUGCUGGCCCAUCCGCCGCAGCAGCAGCAACGCACACAACAGCUGCUGCACUCGGCCUGGGAGCUGCUGCUGGAGGCAGCCUCGGCAGCGGAGCGACGCAGAUCGCAGGUACCGCUGCCGCUGCCGGUAGCAGCACCGGGGCCAUUGGCAAGGAAGUUCGUUACGCUCCAUUCCCAGUUACAUCACCAACGCAUUCAAAUCCCACAACUUCCCAGCAGACUCUUGCGCUGCAGCAGCAGCAGCAGCAGCAGCAAAUGGCACUCAGUGGUGGGGCAGGCGGUGGUGGGGGAGCCGGCAGCGGCAUUGGUGGUGGCAGCAUUGGCGGCCCCACUGGCAGCCUCGGCGGCGGGAUCGGGGGUGCUAGCGGUGUGGGUGGUGUUGGCGUUGGUGUCGGAGUUGUUAUGCUGCCGCCCGGUGCCGGCUCAAAUGCUGGCAUUAGCCAUAGCAAUACAACUGGCGCAUUGCAGCGGACACAUUCCAGAUCCAUGUCCUCCAUACCGCCGCCGGAGCCGUUCAUGAUAGCACAAUCGAGGCAAAUGAACAGCCGCGUCUCCAUCAAUGUGGGCGGUGUGAAGCAUGAGGUGCUGUGGCGCACAUUGGAACGCCUGCCGCACACGCGGCUGGGCAGGCUGAGGGAGUGUACCACCCAUGAGGCCAUCAUAGAGCUGUGCGAUGAUUACUCGCUGGUCGACAACGAGUAUUUCUUUGAUCGUCAUCCGAAGAGCUUCAGCUCGAUAUUAAAUUUCUAUCGCACCGGGAAACUGCACAUUGUGGAUGAAAUGUGCGUGCUUGCGUUUAGUGAUGAUCUGGAGUAUUGGGGCGUUGACGAACUGUAUCUGGAGUCGUGUUGCCAGCACAAAUACCAUCAGCGCAAGGAGAACGUCCACGAGGAGAUGCGCAAGGAGGCCGAAUCGCUGCGGCAACGGGACGAGGAGGAGUUCGGCGAAGGUAAAUGCGCUGAAUACCAAAAGUAUCUCUGGGAGCUGCUCGAAAAGCCCAACACCAGCUUCGCGGCUCGGGUUAUCGCAGUGAUAUCCAUACUAUUCAUAGUCCUGUCUACCAUAGCCCUGACGUUGAACACCCUACCACAACUACAACACAUUGACAAUGGUUCACCACAGGAUAAUCCGCAAUUGGCAAUGGUUGAGGCCGUGUGUAUCACGUGGUUUACCCUAGAGUACAUACUUAGGUUUAGCGCCUCACCGGACAAGUGGAAGUUCUUUAAGGGCGGCCUUAACAUAAUCGAUCUAUUGGCAAUACUCCCAUACUUUGUUUCGUUAUUUUUAUUGGAAACGAAUAAGAAUGCAACGGACCAGUUCCAGGAUGUGCGCCGGGUGGUGCAAGUAUUCCGCAUCAUGCGCAUCCUGCGAAUCCUUAAGCUGGCCCGUCACUCAACGGGCCUGCAGUCGUUAGGCUUUACGCUGCGUAACUCAUAUAAGGAACUCGGUCUACUAAUGCUGUUCCUGGCCAUGGGCGUUCUCAUAUUUUCUUCGCUGGCAUAUUUUGCCGAAAAGGAUGAAAAGGACACAAAAUUUGUUUCAAUACCGGAAACAUUUUGGUGGGCGGGUAUUACAAUGACAACUGUUGGCUACGGGGACAUCUAUCCCACAACUCCACUGGGAAAGGUUAUUGGUACUGUGUGUUGCAUAUGCGGUGUUCUGGUAAUCGCUUUGCCUAUUCCCAUCAUCGUUAACAAUUUUGCUGAAUUUUAUAAGAAUCAGAUGCGGCGCGAGAAGGCCCUCAAGCGACGCGAGGCGCUCGAUCGUGCCAAGCGCGAGGGUAGCAUUGUCUCCUUCCAUCAUAUCAAUCUAAAAGAUGCGUUCGCCAAAUCAAUGGAUCUCAUCGAUGUGAUUGUAGACACAGGCAAACAAACAAAUGUUGUGCAUCCGAAAGGUAAAAGACAAAGCACCCCAAAUAUAGGCAGGCAAACCCUUGACGUGCAAAGCGCUCCAGGACACAAUCUCUCCCAAACGGAUGGGGAUGGCAACAGCACCGAGGGGGAAUCGACCAGCGGUCGAAAUCCGGCAACCACAGGCACUGGCUGUUACAAGAACUACGAGCACGUUGCCAAUCUACGAAACUCGAAUAUGCAGCACCGUCGCGGCUCCAGCUCUGAGCAGGAUGCGGUACCGCCAUACAGCUUCGACAAUCCAAAUGCCAGGCAGACCUCAAUGAUGGCCAUGGAAAGCUACAGGCGUGAGCAGCAGGCACUACUUCUGACACAGCAGCAGCAGCAGCAACAACAACAACAACAACAGCAGAAGCUGCAACCAGCUGCGCAACUGCCUGCCGUCGGAGUAGCCAACAAUCUAGCCAUGGUGGCUGCCUCCAGUGCAGCAACAGCGGUGGCCACCUCCAGCAGUGCUGCACAGGAUAGCGGAGGAGCGGCCUCCUCGUCGCAAGGGGAGGAUGCGGUGACCAUAGCGUCAAACCAGAAGGGAUUGCCCAUACAGAUGAUGAUAACGCCCGGGGAAGUGGCCGAGUUGCGCCGCCAGGUGGCGCUCGAGAACCUGCAAAACCAGCGCAUGGACAAUCUGGAGCAGGAUGUGCCAGUGGAAUUCGAAUGCUGCUUCUGCACAACCAAGGACUUAAAGGAGUACACCGAUGCGGAGGGCGUCAUCUCACUUCCAACUUCCGACUUCCACAAGCCCAUCUGCCUAGAGAUGCGCAUGGCGGCGGCCAAUCGCCAGGCCAAUCAGUUCGGUCUACCACUACCAGCAUCCAGAGCCCCACAUCCGCUGCAGCUGACGGCUCGCGGGGAUGUGGUGCUGUUGCCCGUCUAUACAAGUGCCAGCAUUAUGCCCAUCAUUUCACAGUCAUCGUCGGCGUCAUCCUCAUAUGGCACGACAACAUCCACAACCAUUGCACUGCCGCUGGAAGCAACGCGGGGCUAUGGAGCGCCCAUUGCAAGCAAUUUCAAUCACAACUACAACAACAACUUCAACACGACAACUGUCGGCGCUGGGGGCGUGGCCAAUGGCAUGCUGCUGUUUGGCAAUGGCAACUACGGUGGCAUCAGCAGCAGCAACAAUAACAACAACAACGCGGACUUGGCCAGCGUCGACAGCUCGGACACGUACGCCAGCUGCCAGACGCAUCCGUUUCUGUCCCAAGGCGAUCUCACUGCCGACUUCAAUGAUGAGGCCUGCGCCUUGGACAUUGACAUGGACAAUCUGUACAUAAAUCCGCUGGAGAAGGAGUCGCGCCGCGGUACAAACAUCAGCAGCUCCACGGGCUUUAUUGUUGGCUUGCCGCCCACAGGCUCCGCCUCCGGCCUAACAAUGCGCGCUCAGGUGAAGAAAAGCGCCUCGGGCGACACGGCACUGCGGAAUCUGGCCGCGGGCGGCAUCAGUCCGCUGGAUGAUGUGUAUCAGAACUUUGACGUGCAGGAGCGCGGCAGCCGUGUCAGCCUGAACGAGAACUCAGUGCCAAAGCAUCGGAAGACGCGUUUCCAGCAGAGCUUCACGUCCAUGCGACCUAGCACAAGCAGCAGCAAGCCCCGUGCCCGCUUUGAAGAUACCAUGCUGUGCGCGGACAUUGUAAGAUUGGACGGCGGUGCCGCCGGUCCAGCAACAGCCGGCAGCAGCGCUGCCGCUGUCGGCAGCAAGAAGAAGCGUUCGGCCUUUCUGCCGGGCAAGAGCUUAGCCACUGCCACCAAACUGAUCAAUCAGCGUCUGUUCGGCAUACAGAAUGCGGGCGCCAAAGCCAAAUUUGAGAGCAAGCAUUCCUCAUCGAUAGACUCGAUUGAUGCAUCGCCGAAUCUGGAGCAUCACAGACGCUCCAAGUCGAUACUGAAAAACAAGUCUGAUGUCUCACGCGUGCUGUCCGAUCCCGAGAGCGAACGUCUGUUGGCGGACAAUAUGUCAGGCUCGGGCGUGUCCGACAAUGGCACCGUUAUGGGUGAAUCUGGCAGCGAUUACUCACCGAAUAAAUUACCUCAUUCAGUUUUAGCUAAGUCUAUAUCCCCACCACCCCUUAGGCAUCGCACCCUAAUACACCAACGCUCAGGACCAGCGACGUUGCAAUCGAAGCCAACCAAGUUCCAAACUCCGCGCUAUCCCGAGGAGCAGGCACUACGCCAGGUUAAGCCCGUUCUCUCGCGCUCCUCGGCCGCUGCUCAGACAUCGGCCGAUGGCCGCUACGAUCCGAGUCAGACGGGCGACAGCAGUUUGGAUUCCGAGACGACUUUUACCUCGCCGGUUAAGCAGGCACCGGCCCUGGACCCACCCAGCGAGCCACAGGACAAAGCGAAUGGCGAUGGCGAAACGGAAGCGGAAGUGGAAAUGGAAGGCGGCGAAAGUGAGGCCAACGAUGAGCAGCGAGCGCUGCUGCAACCGCAAAAUGCAGAUGAACCGCCAGCCAAGAGUGACUGUGGCGGCGGAAGCGGUGGCGCAGGCACGGGCGCGGGCGGUGGGGCCACGUAGCAAUUAGUCAACACACACAUACACACAGAGACACCAAAAGCGCUUAGUAGUUAAAACCUAUGGAGAAUCCAACACAAAAAAAA